AUGUCACACCGUUAUGAUACUCGUAUUUCACGUAAAUCACCAGAUAAAAUAUCGCAUUCCUAUCAACAUCGAACUCAGUCUUCAUUUCCAUCACUAAAUACGUUAAAUCAUCAUCGUUCUUAUCACCGUUCAAAGCAUAAUCGUGACAAUCUUCAUGAUCAAGCCCGUUUUUUACCUUUACCUGAAGACAAACCAAAAAAUUUAAAUACUAAACAAAGCAAGAAUUGGGCCCAUUCCAGACUCAUUUGGCUCGCGUUAGCAACUCAUCUUCAUCAAGUUCGACAUUUGAUGAUCGCUGACUUGUCCAAAUAUCAUUUUUUGACUGAUGAAAAUCAAUUGGUGUAA